AUGGGAUCCAGGACUCUAAAUGGCGCAAAAACGUUUAUUGAUCUCCUCUGGUCCAUUCAUGAGGAUAAUAACACUCACUCCCUGUAUGAGGAGGACAUACAGAUUUCAAACGUACGAGGAGAGGAAAUGGAUCUUUUAAAUAUGAUCUGUAGUAAUCAAGCCAUCUUUGUUUGUGAGAAAAUGGUUCCCAAAUUUGAUUGUGAACUGGAGCUGCAGCCGACAGCAGAGACCUCCAACUGCUCUGAGAUCAGUGACUCUGCAGAAGGCGCUGAAAUCACACAAGAACAAGACACAAGUAUUCUCAAAACUGAACCCAAACCAGAGCCUCUCAGUGUCAACAAAGCAAGACAGCUGGUGUCUUUCUACGUCCUGGCCCAGAACCCGUGUAUAGGUCUGGUGCAGGAUCGAGUCUUGGGGCCGUUAUGGGUGCGCUGUGAUAUGACGGGCCCAUCGAGUACCACAUGGCUCGGAGCUGAGACGGUUUGCACUGGCAGCAAAGUCACAGGAACCAAAUUGUACUCGGUUACUUGUAAAGCUGCGACGACGGAUAAAAAGUCGGUGAUGUCGUUGGAGGAGGUGAAGCAGGAGCACAGGGCGGCCCAUCACCCCUCCUCAAUGGUUCUAAAAGGUUCCGCCAGAUACAAGUUGUUUGGUUCCACGGUCGUUGAGAACACAGUGAUCGAGUCUCAGAGCAGCGUCACUGUGGACUUUAAAUGGAACGAUGUGGGCACUAUUCUGGAAACACCUCCUAUGUCCUCAGCAGCAACACUGAACAUCCAGGUUUCAGUCGGAGACCCGAGGAGCCCAAUGUUUGAAAUCUUCAGGGAGCUAGAGUUUUUGCAGAGUCUGGCAGAUGGUCUGAGAACCGGAGAGAUCGAGUGGUUGGAGCCGGUGGAGACGGCCUCAGCAGUGGAUCUGACCAAGGCCCAUCUGGAGGAGCUUCAGAACGCAUCAAAAGCCCAAGACCACGCAGUCAAACCCACACAGACUCAGAAUCCAAAGUCUGAGGAGGAGACGCCCUCGUUCACGUCUCUUCUGGAGCGAGGAGAUCUGGACUUCAUCGAGCAGCUGUGGGUCCAACUCAGGAAGAGUGUGACGUCGUAUCAGGACGUUGGCUCCUGUCUGAAGCUUGUAAUCGAUGCUUUACGAUACGGAGACAUUAAGCCGUGGAUCCACAGAGACAGCAGCAGCAGCCUCAGUAAACUCAUCCUUCAGUCGUACCAUCAGAAAAUAGACAAAGUGGAUCUGUCGGGUCUCGCUCCGGUCCACAUGCUGCUGGAGAUGGGUCUGGACAAGAUGAGGAAGGACUACAUCAACUAUCUCAUCGGUGAAGAGCUGACGACCUUAAACCAUCUGCAUUACUAUCUGAGCACUGAGGUGGAGGUGCAGGAGCAGGUGACGCGGCUGAGGAAACUGCACCACCUGCUGGAGAUACUGGUGACCUGCAGCAUGUUCCUGGGGCUGCCGUACCACCGCCUCUUCCUCCUCACGCAGUCGUGUCUGCAGUUCUACAAAACACAUCCGUACGACGAGAGCCACACCUUCACUCUGCCAAUCAAACCCGCUCUCAUCAGCCACUUCUACCAGACAGAGCAUCCAGUCCUGUGGGGGGUGGAGGUCUCCAGUGGUCAUGGCGCCCGUGAAGUCAGAACGUUACUGCAGCUCAGCGACAGACCUCUGGUGGAUCACGUCAUCUUCGACUCAGACUUUUCCAACGUGACUCUGAGCGCAGACACAGAGGACCCGGCCUUCUACUCUUCCCUGGUCUCCUGCAGUCUCCUCACUUUUGCAUAA